AUGUCUUCCGUCAAAGUUGCCGUCGCUGGAGGAAGUGGUGCCGUGGGAAUCCCAGUGAUAAAAGAGCUGCUUGCUGCUGGAUUCCUCGUCACAGUCUUGCGCCGAAUCGGAAGUGACAGUUCCUCCAAUCUCCCAGAGAGCUCAGGCCUGAGCAUUCGCGAAGUCGACUACGAGUCCAUUGCCUCGCUCACGGGUGCUCUCCAAGGCCACACGGUUGUUGUUGCAUGCUUCGGUGUCUCAGCCCCGAUUGGAAGUCAAGAUGUUCUAAUCGACGCCUCCAUCGCUGCUGGGGUGACUCGUUUCUUCCCAGCGGAAUUUGGCACCGAUACGCAGAACGAGAAAUGCAUCAGGCUGCCCGUGUUUGCCAACAAGAUUCACACGCUGAAUUACCUAAAGGAAAAAGCCGCUACGAAUCCGAGCUUCACCUACACCGCUGUCUGUCCGGGAUUCUUCAUUGACUGGGGCUUGGAGGGAGGGUUCCUCGUCAACCCGAAAGCACACAGCGCCACCGUAUAUGACGAUGGUGAACGUCUAUUCAGUGUGACAACAUUGAAAACCACCGCCAAGGCUGUCGUGGGCAUUAUCAAUCGUUUGGAGGAGACCAAAAACCGGCACGUCUACAUCCAAGAUGCCUUGGUUUCCCAGAUCAAACUCAUUGCCAUUGCCAAAAAGCUCGACGGGAGAGAUUGGGACAUCACCCCCAUCAAGUCGUCCUCUGCAGAGUUCGACGCUUACGCAGAGCUCAAGAAGGAGAAUCCGGAUGCCCAAAAAAGCCUAUUUCCACUACUUAACCUCUCUAUCCUUGGCGAGGGUUACGGGGGCGACUUUUCGGCUCAUCUAGACAAUAAACUCCUCGGCAUUGAGGGUUUCAGUGACAACGAGCUUGAACAUUUGGUCAGGAAGUACCUUUAG